AUGGCAGAUUCACUUGAUAUGUCUGCUAGCCGGCAAGGCAAUUUGUACGCAGCAGACAUCAUUACUUUUUCGGCAGCUGUAGUUGCCGUGGGGCUUCGGAUCUGGUCGCGCCGAGUCGCUGGUGCCGGCUUAUGGUGGGAUGACUACUUUAUAUGCAUAGCACUGCUUGGUGGAAUCGCAAUGUUAGCCAAUUUCUGGAUACCGCACGGCUAUGGUAAACAUAUGGUCGCGUUUGGCCCCAAAGCGGAGUAUUAUUUCUUCUUGGGCUUCUUUAUGACGGAGUUGAUAUACACUUUCAUCAUCGUCUUCGUCAAAUAUUCCAUCCUGGCCUUGUACUGGCGAGUCUUCCGAAGCACGAGCAUCAGAUGGCCCGUAGGAAUACUAGCGGCGAUCGUUACGUCUUGGGGAAUUGCUGUUCUUUGUCUUUCUGUCUUCACUUGUGUGCCCCCGAAAGGCUUUUGGAAUAAGGACAUACAUGCUUCUUGCAACGUCAAUAGCCAGCAAUUUUUAAUCGGCAUUUCGGUUCCUAAUAUCCUCACGGAUAUUGCUCUGCUAUUAUUACCAGUCCCAUAUGUUCUGCGAUUACAUACAGCAUGGUCUCAGAAACGUCUUCUGAUGGGCACAUUCCUUCUUGGGGGGUUGCGCAAGAAAAAUGACGCAGCAUUGUCACCGUCGUCGGACAGGCCGACAUUGUGGACGAUUGGAUCCGGCCCAAGCAAAAAGAAUCGUAAGAAGACGUCGCACUCAGCACACGGCGAACCCAUGUCAACGGAUUCAACACAUCAUUUUGCAACUCUACAUGACCUCGAGGAAGGUCACAUCCCGAUGAAGAAGAAAGUUCAUUCUAAUUCUGCCGAGGUUCUCGAUGGCGAGCCUCUCGCCUGUGAGAAACAGGCUGAAAAAUCUCUGGAUCUGCUUCAUGAUAGCCAGCUAGUACCAAUCCUUAGACAGUGUAGAAGAGGAUCACAUAAUGAAUUAGCGAAUAAGACUCUACUUUGUACUCCCAAGGCCUAG